AUGGCAUGUGCAAAACUGAUGAGAUUGUCGAAUCACAGGUUCAACACAAGAAAGUUUCACGGCACUGCCAAGAGAAUGAGCUCAAAUUGGAGAGAUGUUAUGAAGAAAGAGUUAGAAAGUGGAAACAGUGGAAAGCAAGAAGAAACACACCAUGCAGUUUGCAUAUACAGAGUCCCAUCUAACAUACGCCAGGUCGAACCCACAGCUUAUAUACCCAACAACAUCUCCAUUGGUCCUUGCCACCAUGGAUCACCACACUUGAGAAACAUGGAGGACCUCAAGAAAAGGUUCUAUCGUCGCCUCUUCAACAAUGAUGCAAAUGGAGCCAAACUAGACGAGGCUUUUAAGUUCCUGGAGGAACAAGAUCCGUACGUUCGAAGAUGUUACGACAGGGACAUCAAAUUGAGCAGUGACAAAUUUCGACAAAUGUUGCUAGUUGAUGGUUCUUUCAUUAUUCAGCUCUUGAGGGACAUAUCGACAAGUGAAAUCCGAAAAGUCCCUUGUCUCAGCCCAUGGAUGUUGCCCAUCAUUCGUCGCGAGAUGAUAAUGCUUGAAAACCAGCUUCCCAUGUUUGUUUUGAGCAAGUUGUUUGACUUAACUAGUGUUGUUUCUGCUCCUUCGGGGCCAUGUAUGAGUCUCCAAGAGCUUGCUCUUCGAUUCUUUUACCCUUUGCUGCAGGUGGAUUCUGAUAAUUUUAUAGAUUGUGAGAAAGCUGAGGAGUUAAGAGGGCUUCACUUUCUAGAUCUUCUUAGGUCAAGCAUUAGGCCAAAACUGAAGGAAGAAAAACCGAGAAAAUCCGAACAUGACAUGAUUCGCUCUGUAACCGAGUUGAUGGAGGCUGGUGUGAAAAUAAAAGCAGAUGAGAAUAAACACUUGCUUGACAUAAGCUUCGGGAAAAAAUGGGGAAUUCUAACAAGAGAACUCACUAUUCCUCCUUUGUACAUCAAUGACCACAAAGGCACUGUGUUUCGUAACAUAGUUGCAUUUGAGAACUGUCACAAGGAUUGCGAACCUGAUGUGACAACCUACUUGUUUUUCUUCAAUGGACUCGUCAACUCUGCUGUUGAUGUCUCUCUUCUUCAUUACAAAGGGGUGCUUCACCAUUCUCUUGGCAACGACAAAACCGUGUCUGAACUAAUCAACAACAUCACCAAAGAAAUUAUUCGGGACAAAAAUGAGUCGUACUUGUACAAAGUGGUCAAUGAAGCCAACUCCUACUUUGCCUCCUUCUAUGCAAGAAAAAGAGCUUCCUUAGUGCAUCACUAUUUAACCAGCUGGGUGGUGGGGGUCUCAACUCUUGGUGCGUCGUUGGGGCUUUUGUUCACUUUCAUUCAGACUGUGUGUGCAUUUUCAGAUUCGUUAAAAGCCUUUGAAAACCAAAGCUUUGGAUCUGUCUCUGUAGAUGUUUUUCGUAUACCAGUUCUUGGUAUUUCUACAACUAGUAGUGAAAGUCAAAAUAGUACGACAGAACAUGCUGCAACAAAAUUAGACAGGUGA